GCGUUUUGUAAGCAAAGCGUCACACACAACCGUGAAAGCGAUUCAGUAGAAGAUUAGAAGAUAUUUAUUCUUCGUUGUAUUUGUAUUGCAUAAAUAUCUGAAUAUUUGGAAAAUGCAGAUUUUUGUGAAAACCCUGACUGGCAAGACCAUCACACUUGAGGUUGAACCAUCGGACACCAUUGAGAAUGUGAAAGCAAAAAUCCAGGACAAAGAGGGAAUUCCACCAGAUCAGCAACGUCUCAUCUUCGCUGGAAAGCAACUUGAAGAUGGCCGAACACUGUCGGACUACAACAUCCAGAAGGAGUCCACCCUUCACUUGGUACUUCGUCUUCGUGGUGGCAUGCAAAUCUUUGUAAAAACCCUGACUGGCAAGACCAUCACACUUGAGGUUGAACCAUCAGACACUAUUGAGAAUGUGAAAGCAAAGAUCCAGGACAAAGAGGGAAUUCCACCAGAUCAGCAACGUCUCAUCUUCGCCGGAAAACAACUUGAAGAUGGCCGAACACUGUCUGACUACAACAUCCAGAAGGAGUCUACCCUUCACUUGGUACUUCGUCUUCGUGGUGGUAUGCAGAUCUUUGUAAAAACACUGACUGGCAAGACUAUCACACUUGAGGUUGAACCAUCGGACACCAUUGAGAAUGUGAAAGCAAAGAUCCAGGACAAAGAGGGAAUUCCACCAGAUCAGCAACGUCUUAUCUUUGCUGGAAAGCAACUUGAAGAUGGCCGAACACUGUCUGACUACAACAUUCAGAAGGAGUCUACCCUUCACUUGGUACUUCGUCUCCGUGGUGGUAUGCAGAUCUUUGUAAAAACACUGACUGGCAAGACUAUCACACUUGAGGUUGAACCAUCAGACACCAUCGAGAAUGUGAAAGCAAAGAUCCAGGACAAAGAGGGAAUUCCACCAGAUCAGCAACGUCUCAUCUUCGCUGGAAAGCAACUUGAAGAUGGCCGAAAAGUUUGUAGUGUGUGUGAGAGGUGUGAAAAACAUGGAAAUACCAUUACUUUACAUAGAGUACAGCAAUAUAACACAUCUAAUUUUAAAAAACUAUGA